GGCUUGUAUGACCGCGUUGCGCAUAUAAACAAGCCCAACGUCCCACCAAACCCCUCGCUCGCUGGCCUUUCGGGCACGGCACACAGCUCCCAGCCCUUUCUUUUUCAAGCUGCAAAAAUUCAUACAAUAGAUCGGCCCAGCUGGCCCGAGCUUCCACACGCCAAACCCAAAUUGACUAUAUUUCUUCCCACCCAAGCCACCCUACCCCUUUAUUCCUAUAUUGAGUUUACUUGACCUGCACGGGCCCCUUUUCUUUUCUCUCUCUCUUGCGCUCUCGAAAGUUAAAUCAACGCCUCGACAAAUAAACCCCCUUCAGCACUCUGUUUUCGGUGUUGGGAUAUUGCAUAAUCGUCAUAUCGCAUACAGCUUUAUAACCGUGAUUUUUCUCCCACGGUGUAGUGCUCGUGUGUGUGAGACCAGAAAGCAUCCACGCCUCAAAAUUCAAUCGAGCUUGACUGUGGGGUGGCUGCCUGAUUUGACUCGCCUACCUCGACCCACCCAUCUGCGGGUACCAGUGAACUGCUCAACUCAACGCUUGUGUGGGUAGUCUCAUUGACCGAAUAUCAAAUCAUUCGGGUGUCAUACAACCGCUGGGCUUACACCAGGCGCAGGUCGGGCUGAGGCCUACGCAGCCUGCUAGCUACCUUAGCAUAUCACUUACGAAGAGCAUCGCGGUUGCCGGAAGAAGCCGGUUAAUUGCAGCUUGGUUGUGGCGUACUAUUCCGCAGUGACACGUUUUCCUCCUUCAAGAUCGUCUUCAAACGAUAGACAAAAGACAGUGGGCCGAGCAUAACUCAUAUCACCACCGCAUUUUGUUACCUCUCUUUUUUUGUUUACUGGAUUAUACCUACAUUAUCCAUCUAAUACCUCCAUUUCUACCUACCCAGCCUAGGUAGUCAGUCUAGACCCCAAACAGACAGACAGACACAUUCAAUCACAUCGAUUCUCAUCGCAACCCACUCACACGUUGACAUACAUACGUCUAUUCCGAACACACCAAACACGCUCUGACAACAUCCGCUCAGCAUUCUUGUCCAAACCAAGCAACCAACCUUGCCAGCCGUUACAAAGUAACGCGACAACAAGAGACGAAGAAUUAGAUUAUUCUAGUCUCGCGUCAAGUCAAAAGAUUGCCAAGGUCCAGGGAUCUUAUCCUUGGCAAAUCCUGGGUAGCCUUUUGCUGGACCUAUCCCACCAGCACGCACGCACGCUCUUUAAGAGCAGCCCCAUACCAGAUCGACUCAAGAGCAAACGGACCUCUCGCUAUGUCUUAUGCGCCUGCAAGUCCAGAUCUAAGCUCGUUUUACAGCGGGUCGGCGGAUUCUCACAACGCGGGCCACCACCACCACCACCACCACUCUUCGUCGUCAGGGUUUGGGUUUCCGGUGCAGGUCUCGAGCUCAAACCCAAGGUCCCGGCCAUUGAGCCCACCACACGGUCUCACGCUGCCCGGCGGCCCCACUUCAAGCGUAACCACCAACUACCAAGCGAAUCGCGUCGGCGAAGUGCAUUUUUCAUUGCAUUCCAACCAGCAACAUCAUCAUCACCUUCACACACCUUAUCACGAACAUCCCUACUCACUACACACUCCAAUCUCUCCCCAGCCCAAUCCCUCCCAGGCUGUGCACGCGCAAAAUCACUUGCACUAUAUCCAUUCACCCUUCCAAACACAGAAAAACAUUCAAUCGCUUCAGAUUGUGCCACCAUCAAACCACAACAUAAACACGUCCCAACCCGGCCCAUCACCCAUUGGACUGCAGUACAUUCCACCCUACUCGGCUCAGCAGUACAAAUCUGAACCCGACGACGCUUUUUGCUUUUCUUCCGUACAGGAAAUCCCUCAGCGCGAUCUUUUCCCGCAGCAACCUCACAGGCGCUCUUAUUCUCAGCCUCAUUCAGACGCGACUCGGAUAAAACCUGAAGUCAAAUCUGAGGAGCAGUACGGCGUUCACUCGCCCCAAAAUAUACGCAUAAAAUCAGAGACUCAGCCGUCAUAUCCUCUGCCAGAAGCCAUGCCGCCAAGAAGAUCAGCGGCGGCUGCACAGCCGUCUGUCAUCGCCUCUCCUGUCAAAACCAGAUUUCCAACGGCGCGCAUCAAGCGCAUCAUGCAGGCUGAUGAGGAGGUCGGCAAGGUUGCCCAGCAGACACCAAUUGCCGUGGGAAAGGCACUGGAAAUGUUCAUGGUCGCCCUCGUAUCCAAAAGUCACGAUGUGGCUAAGGACAAAGGCGCCAAACGAGUAACGGCUCAGCACCUCAAGCAGGUCAUCGAGUCGGAUGACCAAUGGGAUUUCCUGCGCGAGAUAGUCGGGCGGAUCUCGGAGACUGAGGAGAAGGCUGGGAGGGCUGGGGGCAGGGCAAAGGCCGAGAGCUCGAGUGACGAAGAGGUGCCGGAACCAAAGAAGAAGGGUCGUGGCGGACGGAAAAAGAAGGUCACCUAGGGCAUGGUGGGCAGUAAUGUCCAAGGCUUCUUGGCUGGUAUUUUCUUUGAUGUCACGAGCACGAUGAUAGCAUAGCAUUGAUCAUGAAAGUUUUAUUGUUGG